AUUGCUAUCAUGUCAAUGUCACAGUUAUAAAAUGACAUUCAAAGUUAAUAACCUAAAACCUUUGUUUCGAUAUUUUAUUGCUAAAAAAUACAAUUUUAACAGACAAAUUGGUACUUAUAAUUAUUACAACAUCCUUUUCUUUGGAUCUGAUAAUAUCGCACUGAACAGUUUGAAAAAAGUAAAUGAGUUUAGGAAAAAAGAAAACUUGAUCAAGAACCUGGAUUUAGUUACUACAAACACUUCUAAGUACAAUACAGAAAUUGAAAAUUAUGCCUUAUCAGAAGGAUUAAAAACUAUAAAAUGGCCUAUAGCAAACCUACAGGCUGGAGAAUACGACCUCGGAUUAAUUGUGGCUUUCGGUCAUUUAAUAAAAGAAGAUUUACUUAAAAAAUUCCCAUUAGGAAUGAUAAAUGUACAUCCAAGUUUAUUGCCACGCUGGAGAGGUGCUGCUCCCAUCAUCUACACACUAAUGCAUGGCGACAAGCUCACUGGUGUCUCGCUUAUGAGAAUAAAACCAGACAUUUUUGAUGUUGGUGAAAUAAUAAGUCAGCAAAAAGUACCAGUCUCCAAGGAUAUUAAACAAACUGAUUUGACAGCCCAAUUAUCAGAGAUUGGUGCAGACAUGUUAGUAGAAUGCUUGAGGACAUUACCUAAUAGUUUGAAGAACUCUAAACCUCAGAGUUCAGAUGGAGUUACCUAUGCCAAAAAAAUUAACAAAUCAAACAGUGAAGUAAGAUGGUCGGAAAUGGACGCCCUACAAGUAUAUAAUCUUUAUCGCGCUAUAUAUGGCAUAUAUCCUCUGACUACAAAGUUCAGAGAUAAGCCAAUGAAACUGUUUGGUGCAUUCAUUACAAGUCCAGAAGAUACUGCAGACAGAAAUACUUCACCGGGCACAGUCGAAUAUUGUAAGAAAAGUGAUGCUUUAAGAAUAUUAUGUAAGGACAGAAAAUACGUAUAUUUCAAGUCAGUCAGAAUAGUUGGUAAGAGAGAAAUAACUGCAGUCGAUUUUUAUAAUGGCUAUAUAAAGAAUAUGUCAAUAGAGAAAAGAAAACUCAUUUGUUGUGCUGGGUAGUAAAAAUUGUUGUUAAUAAUUGAGAA